UUUCUCUCUACUCUCUUUUGAGUGUUUCGUUUUGGCUUCUAAUUCUGUAGCAAAAUCUGGUGGAAAGAUAUGGGAGACGGAGAGCCGAAGAAGGAAACGACCGUAGAAGUGCCUUCGGAGCCUGCGCCACCUUCGACUCCACCGCCGGUCGAAGGUCAGAAAGACGCGGAGGAGAAAACAGUGAUUCCACCACCAACAAAAGAGACAGAGAAGGUCGAUGAUUCUAAGGCUCUUACAAUGAUUGAAAAGGUCCCAGAAUCCACGGGAGAGAAAAGUUCUGGCAGCUCCAAUGACAGAGCUGCUGCUCUUGCACGAGUUGAAGCAGAGAAGAGAUUGGCUUUGAUUAAAGCAUGGGAAGAAAGUGAAAAGGCAAAAGCAGAGAACAAGGCCCAUAAAAAUCUGUAUGCCAAUGAAUUGUGGGAGAAUAGCAAGAAAGCAGCUGUGGAAGCUGAGCUGAAAAAGUUUGAGGAAAAACUGGAAAAGGAGAAGGCAGAGUAUGUGGAAAGAAUGGAAAACGAGGUGGCUCUAAUCCACAAGGAAGCAAAAGAAAAGCGGGCAAUGAUUGAAGCCAAUCGUGGAGAAGAUCUUCUCAAAGCAGAGGAGAUAGCUGCAAAGUAUCGAGCAACUGGGAGUACGAGCACGGACACUCAUUGGAUGCUUUGGAAUUGAAAUAAUAGGGUUCAUAUAUGACAAGGAAAAUGAACUUUACCUUCUGUAAGUAUUGAAUUGUGAUUUUUGUGUUCGUUUACUAUUCUAUUUGUUGUUUGCAUUUGGUGGAGGUCUGAUAAAUGUUCAUUUUCUAUUUUUGUAUAUUGUGUGCCUGCAUGAUGGGUUUCUUUGUAAAUACGAAAACAUUUGUAUUUGUGAAAACAAGUUUUAAAUA